AUGACGAAGACGUCGCUGAAUGUUUCGGGAAUAGUCCAGAAGUUGGCAGUGUUAAAGACUGAAACUUUUGAUAUGCAGUGGGACUAUUACUCAGAUCACUGCCAGCAACUCAACUUGCCUAAUGCUUUUUAUUUUGAAGAAGAUGACAAGGACGAUUAUGAAGGUCUUGGAAAUAUCCUAGAAGAAUUGGAUGUGAACAACAAGUAUUACAAUAUGCAUCAAAGCUAUCCGUUAGGUCAUUCUACACUUAGCAAACUCAAUAUAAAGAAGGCACUUGCUUUAAGUGCCAACAAUAUCAAUAUCAAGAUUACAACGGAUAUCUAUGGCUCAAGGAACCGAAACAACGAAAACUUGGCAUGA